AUGCCGGCUGAGAGGCGCUCCUUGAGAUCGAACAGCAAGUCAGAUACCUCUUCGUCUGCUAACGGUGAGAAGGCACGCUCUACCUCGCAGAACCAAAGCUCCAAUAAGGAUAAGCCGGCGCCUGCCCGCGCCGCUGCCAACAAGGCCAAAGCCGCCUCUACCACGAAAGCCGCCUCAUCGAACAGCACUGCCAACUCCGGUAUGGGUGAGCAGAGAGACCAGCCGCGUGCCAACGGGUCCGACCCGACAGAGAAUGGCGUGAACGGCUCGGAAGAUGUGGAGAUGGGAGAGGAUACGGCAGGUGGGCCUACAUCCUCAUCCAACACCAGUCAGGACCGCAAAGGUGACGAGAAGAUGACUGUUGUAGUGCCCCCCACCAAAGGUUCCAGGUUAUCCGGCGAGAAAGGCUCGGACAAAGAAGGCGACGUCGCCAUGGAGGGAGUUGAGGGCGAGGAGGCCGAGCCCGAGGUUGAUCCCAAGGUUAAGGCUAUUCAAGAUAUCAAGACCAACUUCACACUUCUCGACCGAGCUGUCACCCACUUCGAUCCCAGAUUCACCCUCCGCGUAUUGCGCUCGAUAUCGUCUAUGCGCAAACACAUCACGGGUGAUGGUCUUGCAGAGGUUAUCGAGGAGACCUACCCGGCCACAAAUGUGACCGCCUCAUUCUUGUUGAAUGCCCUCGAUCAAGCGGGUGCCCUGGGCAGCGGUCGGGCCAGCGCGAAGAUGGAGGUCGAGGAGAAGACCAAGUCUUCUGUCAAAGAGAUUCUGCCCGAGGUCGACAUCUACCUGUCUAUCCUCGUCCAGAUCUAUCUGUAUGACCGGAAGGAGAUUCAACUGGGCGCCGACUUUUCAACGAACCUGAUUGAGCGCUUGCGGACGCUCAACCGCCGCACUCUCGACUCGUUGGCGGCCCGCGUCUACUUCUACUACUCUCUCUUCUACGAGCAGGUCGCUCCUCUUCCCCCAUCCCCCGCCGCAACGGUCACCAAGAUCCGCCAGCCUCUGCUCGCGGCCCUGAGGACGGCCGUCCUCCGAAAGGACGUAGACACCCAGGCUACCGUGAUGACGCUACUACUGCGCAACUACCUGUCUACAUCCCACAUCUCUCAGGCAGAUCUCCUCAUUUCGCACAACAAGUUCCCCGCCUCGGCAUCCAACAACCAGAUUGCCCGGUAUCUGUACUACCUGGGCCGCAUCCGUGCCAUCCAAUUGCAGUAUACUGAUGCCCAUGGACACUUGAUUGGUGCCACUCGCAAGUCGCCCUCUAGUCACAGCGCACGCGGCUUCUACCAGGCCUCCCAUAAGCUUCUUGUGGUGGUGGAACUCCUCAUGGGUGAUAUUCCCGACCGCGCCAUUUUUCGACAGCCGGCCCUGGAGCGCGCCAUGCACCCUUACUUCCUGCUUGUUCAGGCUGUGAGCGUGGGUGAUCUGGACGGGUUCCUCAACAUCGUCAACACCCACAGUGCGACCUUCCGUAAGGAUGGCACAUAUACUCUCAUCCUGCGCCUGAGGCAGAACGUUAUCAAGACGGGUAUCCGCAUGAUGUCUCUCUCCUACUCCCGUAUCUCCCUUCGCGAUAUCUGCCUUCGCCUCGGACUGGACAGCGAGGAGUCGGCUGAGUAUAUUGUGGCCAAGGCUAUCCGGGACGGUGUGAUCGAGGCGAGCCUGGACCAUGAGCGGGGUUUCAUGAAGAGCAAGGAGGUGGGCGACAUCUAUGCCACCAGGGAGCCUGGGGAGGUGUUCCACGAGCGCAUCAGAGCUUGCUUGAGUCUCCACGAUGAGAGCGUGAAGGCCAUGCGAUUCCCCAUGAACCAACACCGGCUUGAGUUGAAGAGUGCACAGGAGGCUCGCGAACGUGAGCGGGAGUUGGCCAAGGAGAUCCAGGAAGGAGACAUGGAUGACGAGGAUGCCGGCGGCGACUUCGAUGCUAUCUACGUCACUGCUCCGCACGUUUCCCCGACCAUGAGAGCUCGCUCGGUGCCUGCCUCCGGGCUGGUGCUCUCGUCACGCGUCACGCCCUCCACCAUAGUCUGCUGGCAAUGCCUCCGGAACGACCUCCUCUCGAGCCAGAUCCAGCUGCAAACGCGCAAAUAUCAUCCCACGAAACGGAAGGAUGUCUCGCCGCUCGGUGCCGCCGUCUCCGCAGCUCAGACCAUCUUCAAAGGCCUGCCCAAGGCACCCCCCGGCAUCUCCGUGGACCCAUUGCGAAUGGUCGGCAAGGAGCUCAAAUUCUUGACCAAGAACCUCCGUCAGCUGCUCGGGUCCGGUCAUCCGACCCUGGACAAGGUGGCCAAGUAUUACACCCGGAGUGAGGGGAAACAUAUGCGGCCCCUUCUGGUGCUGCUGAUGUCCCAGGCCACCGCGUUGUGUCCCCGGAAGCCGGGCACGGACACCAAUUCCGCGACGGUGAACGACCCCAUCAGCUCGCCCUCGAUCCUUGUCGACGCCAACCCGGACCUGAGCUCGCUCUCCUCGACUAACGCUGACGCGCCGUACGACUUUGCCGGCGAUAAGGACAUCCUCCCUACGCAGCGGCGGCUGGCUGAAAUCACCGAGCUGAUCCAUACCGCGUCUCUCCUGCAUGACGACGUCAUCGAUAACGCCGUGACCCGUCGGUCCUUUACAUCCGCCAACCUCCAGUUCGGAAACAAGAUGGCGGUUUUGGCGGGCGACUUCAUGCUGGGCCGGGCCUCUGUGGCGCUGGCACGGUUGCGGGACCCGGAGGUCAUCGAGCUGAUGUCGACCGUCAUCACCAACCUUGUCGAGGGCGAGUUCAUGCAGUUGAAGAACACGGCGGCGGAUGAGAAGAACCCCGUCUUCACGGACGACACCCUCUCGUACUACCUGCAGAAGACCUACCUGAAGACGGGUAGCUUGAUCAGCAAGUCCUGCCGUUCGACCGCCGUGCUCGGUCACAGCGUUCCCGAGGUGGUUGAGGCCGCGUACCAAUACGGACGCAACUUGGGGCUGGCGUUCCAGCUUGUGGAUGACAUGCUGGACUACACCGUGAGCGAGGCUGAACUGGGUAAGCCGGCUGGUGCCGACCUGGAGCUGGGUCUGGCUACGGCGCCGCUGCUGUUUGCCUGGAAGGACUACCCGGAGCUCGGUCCGUUGGUCGGCCGGAAAUUCAGCCAAGCCGGUGAUGUUCAGAAGGCCCGGGAAUUCGUCAUCAAGGCGGACGGUGUUGAGCAGACCCGUCUUCUGGCCCAGGAGUAUGCUGACAAGGCCAUUGCUGCGAUCGCCGACUUCCCCGACAGCGAAGCCAAGGCGGGGCUGGCCCAGAUGUGCGAGAAGACCAUGAAGCGGCGGAAGUAG